AUGGCCAAGGAUCCCCAUGUUGCACGUACAUCUUCGAUCCCAAUCGAUGCAGAUAACUCAAGCAACGGAAGGACCCCGAUCAACGGCCAUCGUCAUGUUGGAGAGCUCACUGUUCCCGUUCUCAUUGUUGGCGCGGGUCCUGUAGGCUUGCUGCUGGCGAAACUUCUGACGAGCCUUGAUGUGCAAUGUACAAUCAUCGAACGAUAUGCUUCGAGACUAGCUGCUCCGAAAGCCCAUGCUCUGUCUCCAAGGUCGCUGGAAAUAUGCCGACAGAACAAUCUUGACACUCAUACCCUACGCAACGUGGGCACAGCACGCCGGGAUGGAUACUGGGUCAACUUUGUGGCAACAUUGACUGGCGAACGCAUUGGACAGCUGCCUUACGAACGAAUGGAUGCUGAAGUGCUCCAUGAUACUCCCGAGAUGAUCCACAACGUACCGCAACCAGUGUUUGAGACAUUCGUGCAAAAAAGUAUCUCGGAUAAGGUUGAGAUCUUGCGUAACACAUCUUUUGUUUCUUGUGAGGAGCGCAAAGGUCUGGUAGCCACAACCUUCGAAGAUCGCACGACGGGCAAUCUGCAUGAGAUUACUUCUACUUACGUUGUUGCUUGCGAUGGUGCAAAGAGUAAAGUAAGAUCGUUUCUAGGCAUUAAGUGUGAGGGCGAGGAUUCUUACGAAACCAUGAUGACAAUACACUUUGGAGCCGACCUCCGCCCAGUCCUUGGCGAUCAUGUUGGAAUGCUCCACUGGAUCGCCGACCCUGCUGUCAGCGGAUUCAUCAUCGGCUAUGAUCUCGCCGGCGAAGAGGUUUUGAUUUGCAAUGUCAACACGGACAAGCAUCCAGUCGCCACGUGGACAGCGGACUUCGCCAGGAGCAUCGUAACAACGGCGAUAGGCCAUGACACUCCCUUUGAGCUGCGGAGUGUUCGACCGUGGGUGCUGAGCCGUAAAGUGGCAAAUCAAUACCGCAAGGGUCGUGUAUUCCUGCAAGUUAGGUACUUCCUACGAAAACGGUCACAGCUGACAGACGCCAGCGCCGGAGACGCGGCCCACGCUUUCCCACCCACAGGCGGCUUGGGUCUAAACAGCGGGCUUGCAGACGCACACAACCUUGCAUACAAGCUCGCAGCCGUGCUUCAAGGCUACGCCGAGGACUCUCUGCUGGAUACCUACGAGUCAGACCGGAGGCAUGUCGCCGUCGUUAACGCACAACAGAGCGUGAAAAACGGCAAGCAGAUUUUCGGUCUCUUGCGAGCCUUGGGUACCACAACCGACGACACCGCUCAGGCACGAGCGAACCUUCAUGACGCAUUGGCGGAGCCAGUCAGGCGUGCUCAUAUUGACGAAGAGGUUAGGUUACAGCAAGAGCAUUUCGACAAUCUUGAGCUGCAUAUCGGCUACGUUUACGGCAGCAGUAACGUCCCACCACACGCUUCGCAAUUCACAGCAAAAUAUGUACCUGGAGCCCGUUUACCGCACGUCUGGAUCUGGCCUUCCGCGAGCUUGUACGGAAGCCUACCUCCUCCCGCAAAUCUUGCCUACAUUGAGGAACUUGACGCGGACAGAAGAAGAGGGAUGCAAUACUCAUCAUUGGAUCUAUGUGCAUAUGACGCAUUCACCAUCAUCGCCUCUUCAUCGGACGAUUGUCGAGCUGCGAUUCGUUCUGCGGUUCAGCAGCUGCGGGCCCGAAACGUCCCUGUUCGCGCCAUCUGGUACGACGAGGAUUUCACCGUCGUUCCUGGUACUCACGGCCAAAUCUGGCUUGCGACGCUGCAACUAAGCAGUGGAGGUGCUGUCAUCGUGCGCCCCGAUCAGCACAUACUUUCACUAUUACAGCCUAUCAGCUCAGCACAGGACAUAGUCGAGGAUAUCCUGUCCCAUGUGGGUCGUGAGGCGUGCGCAUAG